GUUUUGCUCGUCCUAGUGUAUAGGAGGUAAAUGGCUGGCCACAAAGUUGCUCACGCUACAUUGCAGGGACCGAGUGUCAUCAAGGAGAUAAUAAUAGGCUUCACGAUUGCUCUGGCUGCUGGCACCCUCUGGAAAAUGCACCACUGGAACGAGCAGAAGAAAGUUCGGGCAUUUUAUGACAUGCUAGAGAAAGGGGAGAUCAGCAUCAUAGCUGAGGAACAGUGAAGUCUCCAGGUUCUGUGUCUUGGACAACCUCAUAAAUAAUUGAUUCAUUUCGGCUUCCCCUCAGUCCACAAUUGAGUCUACAUCAGCCUGCCUUUGAUGACUUAGACAAUAAGUUUGAAGGUAGAUUUGGAUACCGUUGCAUUUUUUGAAAGUGAAACCAUGAGAAGUGUCAUUCUUUUGGAUUCUCAUGGUUGCUGGAAUUGAUCUCAAUGGCAGUUUAUUGUUUACUUGCAAGAGCUAUUUCUUAACUUAUCCAUACGAUUCGUAAAUUCUACUGA